AGCGUCACCGUCAUGGCCGCGGUUGACAGUUGGAGCUGGUUCCCAGCGUUAGCAUUGGGAGUUUCUUUCCUGAAAUGUCUCUUUAUCACCGCCUAUCAUUCCACAGACUUCGAGGUGCACAGGAACUGGCUGGCCAUCACACACAGUCUGCCCGUGUCCCGGUGGUACCAUGAGAACUCGUCUGAGUGGACCCUGGACUACCCCCCCCUGUUCGCCUGGUUCGAGCUGGGACUGUCCCACGCUGCUCGCCACUUUGACCCCGACAUGCUGCUGGUGGAGAACCUGAACUACAGCAGCCCCCCCACGGUCCUCUUCCAGAGGCUGUCGGUCAUCUGCACCGAUCUGAUGCUCAUCUACGCUGCCAGAGAGUGCUGCCGGUGCGUUCAGGAGCAGAAAGGCUGUCGGGACGUUCUGAACCGCCCGUCCUUCGUCCUGGCUGCUCUGCUGCUCUGGAACUUCGGCCUCCUCAUCGUCGACCGUAUCCUUCAGCGGUGAAACACCAUACUUUAACGUUUAAUACACACACACAGAGAUACACACACACA